AUGACAGGGGUAGAAAAAGGGAGUGCAGAGGUUGUUGAGACUGAUAGCGAGGAGGAUACGGGGAGCGUGGAGCAGGGUGUCUCCGCCUCCGAGACAUCUGCGGUUGCGAAACAGGUGACGAAGGUUGGAGGACGUGGAAAGAAGCGGAAAGGAGUGGCCACUGAGGGCACGGAGAGUCUGGUACAGAAGAAGAGGAAAUGCGCUGCUCAGGACAGUGACAAAUCAAAAGGGAAGAGCAGCUCGAAGCCUGCUGCAAGCUCAACCAAGCCAGCCAAGAAGCGUAGCAUGAAAGUGGUAACGUCCCAGCUACCACCAGCUGCUACGUUCAGGAGUCACGCCACGCUCUCUGACACCGAUGAAUCGGGUGAUGACGAGAGCCCCUCCCUUCCUGAAAACAGCUCUCAGCACGCUUCCAACGUCAGUACAACGUCUACUGCACUCACCACGCCCACUGCCGCUUCCAACGUUGGCUCGCUGUCUAUGGUAUCUACCACACCCAACUCCAACGCCAGCCUGCCAUCCAAUGUAUCUGACAUACCCACCUCUAACGUCACCGUACCAUCUAUGGCACCCACCAUGCCCAUCUCCAACGUCAGCGCAUCUGUUGUAGCCACACCUUCGCUCCCCAUUGCCAACGUCGACGACAGCCUCUCCCAUUCUUCGUACCACCCUCUCCUUGCACCUGUCAACCCUGGUGCUGCAUUCAUGCAGGCAUAA